UAAAGAAAUAGUUAGUUGCUCUGAGAAAGUUGUGCGAAAUGUGUGAAUUUGAUUUUUUACGAAUUUAUUUAUAUAACACGUGAAUUAAUUAAUUCUAACGCAAUGGAGCCCAAGUGCGAUCAAGAUAUAAUACAAACUAUGUGGAAACAAAAUGUGUGUUUGUGUUGUUUGGCCAAAAAUGUACAAUUUGUUACUCUGAGAACUUGUAAACAUACUAGUUUUUUCGAGUUUUUCUUCAAGUUUAAGUUCCAGUAUCAGAAUUCAGUGAUAUGCAAUGAGUGUCACUACCACUUGAAAAGAAUUGAGCUUUUCAAAUCGCAAGUGGAAGAAAGCCUCAGCUUAUUAUGGAGUGGACAGCCACUACCUGCGAAACAUUCAAAAAUGUACCAAAACUUCGUCUGUACCGAACCGGAAUAUGUCGCUAAUAUCGAUGACCCUGAAGAUGGCGGCACUAAUAUAAUAAUCAAAACUGAACCAGAAUCAUGUUUCGCCGAUGAAAAUUUUGUAGAAUUUGAGGAAUACGAAUAUGAAGAACAAAAUCCAUUGGCGGAUAAUACCAAAGAAACGGAGCGUGAGUUACAGACCCAGUUGAAAUUAGAAGAGAAGUCCCAAGAUUCGGACACGCCGUUAUCACAAAUUGUGACGGUGAAUUUAAGAAAUACUAAAGUUAGAGCGCAAAUUAAGGCAGACACAAGAACAUCAUUUUUAAAGGAUGAUGCGGUACAUCUAAGAGCCAAUUCAUUAAAAGAUGGCGCACAAAAUGAGAAGAAUAUACGUGGAGUCGAGGUUCCGAUAGAGCAUGGCAGGGUACGGUCCAGCUCUCUGCAAUUCGCUAAGAUGCUGGAGUUUAUGGAAAGUCACGGCGAUUUGGCCGCGUCGAAAUCGCACCACGGCGUGAUGGGCAAACAGCGCGCCGAGCGUUUAUGGGGCGAUCUUACUAACUCGUUGAACAAUAUGACCGGCGGCUUCAAGACUAUGGAGCAGUGGAAGAAGACCUGGAUAGACUGGAAGAACAAGACCAAGAAGAAACAGCAGUACAAUCAAAACCACCCUUCGGGGAAGCCGAAGCCCUUCUCUGCUAUGGAGGAGCGGGUGUUAGCUAUCAGCUGCCGGUUUUUAGCAGACCAGCACUGGCUGUAUGGCGACCAGUCGGUAGAGUCACCGAAGUCAUCAGAGACCGUCUCUGUUAUAUACCCGAAGGAAUCGGAAACCGAAUCCCAAUCGGCCACUAUUAUAUACCAGACGCCAUCAGAAACUACGUCGUCAAAAACCGUAUCUAUUAUGUACCAGAAACCAUCAGAAACUACUUCACAACCGGCCUCUAUUAAAUAUCAGAAACCAUCAGAAACUACUUCACAAUCGGCCACCAUUAUAUGUCAGAAAACAACGGAUUCCACAUCGCCAAAAACGGCAUCUAUUAUACACCAAAAACCAUCAGAAACCACAUUAAAACUGGGCUCUAUUAAAUAUCAGAAGGGGAAAGAAACCACGUCACAAUCAGGCUCUGUUAUAUACCAGAAAGCACCUGAAAACAUAUCACAACCGGCCACCAUUAUAAGCCAGAAACCAUCAGAAACUACGUCACAACCUGUCACCAUUAUACAUCAGAAACCAUCAGAAAACAUAUCACAAUCUGCCUCUAUUAUAUAUCAGAAAUCAUCAGAAAACAUAUCACAACCGGCCGAAGUUCCGAUAGAGUUCGAAGAGGUAUUGUUAGAAGAACUGAUGGAUGAUGAGGUGAAUCCAGAAGCUGAUGCCAAUUUAACCAAUAACGAUAUGACGGGAGAGGAGCAGGUACUAGGUAAAAACUCCCAGUCUAUGGACACGCAACAGUCGAGCGAUCUUCAAGCGGAGUCGGAAUGCGAAAUGGUUAAUGAAGAAGUCACGGCGGCGGAGAGCGAAAACAAAAUAAUGUAUUUGUCAAGAAUUCGGCCCACCGCAGAGCAGUUGGAGUUAUUGUUGCAGUAUAUAGACAGGCACGGCGACCCGGUCCACUGGAGCCGCCACACUGGCUCGACCGCCGCCGACACGGUGCUCGCGCGGCGUUUGAAGGCCGAUCAGAUGUGGAUCGAUCUGACGGACGCUUUGAACGCCAUUGGCAAUAGGAAGACCAUUGGCAAGUGGAAGAAGACGUGGGUCGACUGGAAGUCUAAAACGAAGAAGAAGUUGCAAAAUUCAGGGCACGAAAACUUGAGCUCGUACGAGAGACGAUUGGUCGCCGUGUUAGCUAAAGCCAAGAAAAAACUCGAGGCAAAAUCCGAAGAACAAAUUGCUGCAAUUAAAGAAUUCUUGGGUGAAAACGCCUCUGAGAGUGGGCGGGGUCUAACGCCUAGUUUGGACGACCAGCCGGCAGAUGGCGAACCUUCCGAGUCACAGCCAUCAGUUGAAGUUCCUGUGGUGUUCGAAUCAGUUUUACUGGACGAAGCGAAGACGGAUGAGCAGAAAAGCGCCGUGGAGACAAAAAAGAAAGUAAUAAAAGAAAUGGUGAAAUUAUUAAAAGCAAGCGUCCAGCAGCUAUUAGCAAUGGUGGAAUUCAUGGAAAGAAAAGGCGACCCAUCAAAGUGGUUCAGUUCAAAUCGCGUGAAGCUAUGGGCUACUUUAACUGUCAUGUUGAACGACAUACCUGGUUAUAAUAAACAUAUGGAGCAGUGGGAACAGGUAUGGCAUACUUGGAAGGACCAUACGAAGCAAAAAUUGCAAGCUACCGACAAGGCAAGUUUGACUUCGCUCGAGCAGAGAUUGUUAAAAAUAAUUGGCCACACAGAAGAACUAAUUAACAAAGACCAAUCGGUGACUGAAGAACGGGAAGUUUGUGAGACUAUACCUACGGAGAAACCACAACCUACGAAUCUCGUCAGAGUGGAAUUCUUGAAUUCUUUUGAACUCUCUGAUGAAGAAGUUACGGAGGGAAAUGGCACGAAAGAAAGAGAAACAAAAAAGAUGGGCCAUGAAUUGAGAUCGCGAUCGAGCGUGGAACAGCUUGGCGUAAUGUUGAAGUACUUCGAAAGACACGGCGAGCCAAACAACUGGCACAAGCAAGACCCGCUUCUGUCUCUGCCAGAAGGGCGCGUGAGGGCUGAGCGGAUGUGGACGGAACUCAGCGCGACGCUCAAUGGCGUUCCCGGCGAGCGCAAACCCGCUGACAAAUGGAAAAAGGUCUGGGUUGAUUGGAAGUGUAAGACCAAGAAGAAAAUGCUAACAGAAGGCAUGGACAGCUUGAGUGCGUAUGGAAGACGGGUCAUGGCCAUCGCGGGACACUCGGGCAAACCCGCUGUUAACAAUGAUGGCGAAUCAGCUAGUCAAAAUGCCUCACAAUCAGCAUCGUUAUCUAACACUUUGGGCUUCCACCUAGAAUUUGAGGUUUCGGACGAAGAAAUGGCUGAGGGAACUGAUAGAACUGGUAGAACUGAAAGAACUCCAGCGAUCUACAAACACAUAGAAAUUGAGAAUAAAGUGCGAUCCAGCUACCAACAGUUUGCAGCCAUGCUGGAGUAUAUGGAAAGACACGGUGACCUAGUAUAUUGGAACAUGUUGAAACGUGAGGCCAUGUGGGCAGAGCUGACUACCAUUCUGAACUCUCUGCCUGGAUUCACUAAGACUGAGGAGAAAUGGAAGAAGGUGUGGGCGGAUUGGAAGUGCAAAACCAAGAGGAAAGUCAUGAAGUCAGGGUUAGAGAAACUGACCGAUGCUGAGAAACGGGUAUUGACCGUCAUCGGGCGCGGCAGCCGGUGCGACGACAGCGACAGCGAUGCACCCAACACUUCAGAACCCAAAGGCGUGUACCUGGAACUGAAUUCGAAUUCAUCAGACGAUGAAAUGGCCCAAGAAAAUAAAAAUUUAAGUAAAAUUGAAAGGGAACUGAAGAAAUAUGGACAAGAAGUUCGAGCAAAGGCCAAUGUACCCCAACAUUUGAUGCUACUGGAAUAUAUGGAAAAACACGGUCACCCCUCGGUCUGGUGCAAAGACGAUGGCCAAGCAGACCAGUUGUGGGCGGAGUUAGCUGAGAAGUUGAACGCUGUACCCGGGGGAGUCGAAAAGACUGUGGAGAAAUGGAAGAAGGCAUGGGCAGACUGGAAGUCUAAAACCAAGAAGAAACUUCGCACUCUCGGGCCGAACCACCUGUCAGAAUAUGAGGUGCGAGUGCUGACGUUUGCCGGACGGCAGUGGCCGGGCCACAAACUGGGCGCCGUGCGGCUGGACGAGGAUGGAAACGAGAUUACACCGCAGUCACCGCAAGAGUCACAAUCGGACGUGGUUACCACUGAGCUUUACAUGGAGCUCUCUGAGGAAGAAAUGGAGUCCGAGGAAGACAGCGAUAGUUCUGACGACGACAGCCCAAAUUAUAAUGAAAGGGGAAAAAGAAGGAGGCCGAAAUACACAAGGACCACGGUGCAACAACACACUGAGAUGCUCAAAUUUUUUGGGACUCACGGUCAUCCCAACUACUGGGCAAGCUUAGAGCGUGGGCAAGGUGACCAGCUGUGGGCAGAACUAGCAGACACCUUGAACAACUGCCGCGGGGGCAGCAAACACGUGGAGAAGUGGAAACGGGUAUGGACAGACUGGAAAAGCAAGACGAGGAAGAAAGUGGCCGCCAUCCGCCGCCACGGGAAGAAGGCUGGCGUGUCUCUCACAGCGUUGCAGAAGAGAGUCCACCACAUCAUGAACCUGAAGAGCGACGAGCCUUAUGUGCACGUCGAAGUGACCGAGUUCGAUGAAAGCAGUCAGUCUUCGAAUGCUGGGCAGGAUGAAGACGAGUUGGGGAAUCUGUCAGAAGCGGCAGAAGCGAUGGAAGUGGACUCUGAAGUCAUCAUAAGCGAAGGUCAAACAGAGCAGAACCAAGAUCCGGCUUCCCAGCGACCGACUAUCCAUCAGCUCGCCUCGAUGUUGGCUUACAUGGAAAGAAACGGAGACCCCGCCCACUGGUCGAGCAGAGACCCAUCGCGAGGCGACAGAUUGUGGGAGGAGUUGACGUCACGACUCAACGGUGUUAAAGGAGGAUGCAGGAAGGACACGGAGGACUGGCAGGAGAUAUGGUCAGAAUGGAAAGAGCGAGCCAAAACGAAAGCGGAAGCUGACAAAAGGUUGACUCCGAGCGAGAAACGCAUAAUGGUCGUCAUACGGCCUCCCAAGAAGAAGAAAAAGAAACAUGCGCGUGAGCAUACCACGGGAUCCGCACAUAUACAACCUACAGAAGAUUUGGAGUUGCAAGAGGCGUACGCGUACAUCAAUUUGGAAUGCUAAUGAAGAUGUAGCUGACUAUAUUGUUAUUUGUUAGCUAGGUUUUAAUAAAAAAACAAUAAAAAAAAUCUGUUUUUAAUUCAAUUCAGUAGACUGGCGUAUAAACCAAUUUUAAUAAAUAAAAGAGAUAAAGGACAGCUCAAUUUUAAUAUGUACUCAAAAUUUAAAUUACAGCCUGCAAUUUUAUUAGUCUAAACAUACAAUUAACUUAGAAAUUAUACAGACCAUAGAAAAUAAAAAAUAUUCCAGUAUUAGGUAGGUACUAAGUAAUUUAAUACAAUAUUGUAUAAUGUUUAUGUACAUAGUAAACUACACGAAA